AUGGUUCUAGCAACGAAAGAAAUUCUUAAUGGUAAUUUGACCGUGGGGGAUCUAGUGAUGGUCAAUGGAUUGUUAUUCCAACUGUCCUUGCCACUCAACUUCUUGGGGUCUGUUUACCGUGAGGUUCGUCAGGCGCUUAUCGACAUGCAAACAAUGUUCACAUUGAUGAAACAGCCAGCUAUUAUAAAGAAUGCCCCAGACUGUGUACCUCUACAAGUGACUCCUCAGAAUGCAGACAUUACUUUCAACAAUGUAUGCUUUGAAUACAAUGAAAAUUACCCCAUCCUAAGUGACCUAACCUUUACAGUACCGGCUGGAAAGAAAAUUGCCAUUGUCGGUGUUUACCUCUCUCUUCAGAAAUCGACAGUCAUCCGUCUGUUGUAUCGCUUUUACGAACCAAAGACUGGGACCAUUACAAUAAAUGGACAAGAUAUUAAUUCAGUUGACUUGGACAGCCUGAGGAAGAGCAUUGCGGUAGUUCCACAAGAUUGUGUGCUUUUCCAUGACACGAUAGCUUACAACCUCCACUAUGGUGACCUGUCUGCAGAUGCCAGCAAAGUAGAGGAAGUAGCUAAACUAGCUGAUAUCCACCAAUCUAUCCAGAGCUGGCCCAAUGGCUACGACACUCAGGUUGGUGAACGUGGCCUGAAACUCUCAGGUGGGGAGAAGCAGAGGGUUGCUAUUGCACGAGCCAUCCUGAAGAACGCACCGAUACUAGUUUUUGACGAAGCAACUUCUUCGCUAGACUCCAUUACAGAACAAAGUAUAAUGGAAGCUCUGCGCCAUGCAACCAAGGGAAGAACCUCAAUCUGCAUUGCUCAUCGCUUGUCAACAGUCAUGGAUUCGGAUGAAAUCCUUGUGUUGGCUGAGGGCAGGCUUCAGGAGCGCGGGACACAUCACCAGCUCUUGGCGCUUGAUGGGCACUAUACAAAGCUCUGGAAUUCACAACACAAAGUGGAUGAAUAA